AUGGCUAUGACCUGGCGACUCACGGCCCUCGUCCGUUUGGGUAGGAACGUGCGCGAUCAAAAAUGUCGAUUCCUCUCCGUAAGCUGCUUUCGAUGCGGAACCGUCGUCCCCUUCAAACUAUCGGAUAUCGGAGAAGGAAUUCGAGACGUCACGAUAAAAGAAUGGUUCGUGAAGCCAGGCGACCGGGUGUCUCAAUUCGAUAACAUUUGCGAGGUUCAAAGCGACAAAGCGUCCGUAACGAUUACCAGCCGUUACGACGGAUUAAUUAAGACCCUGCGCUACAAGGUGGACGACGUGGCUCUGAUAGGGCAUCCGCUGCUGGACAUCGAAUUGGAGGACGAUAAUGGGAACGGAGAGGGCGAAAGGAUCGAGAGGGAAACGGGGCCGGAGGCGAUAGGGGUUGGAAAUAAGAUCGGUCCCGUGGAGGAGGGUGCGGAACACACGGCGCUAAAUGGUCUAGAAAAAGCGCUGGCUACUCCCGCGGUCAGGCGGAUAGCCAUGGAGAACAAUAUCAAGUUAAAGGACGUCGUUGCCACGGGCAAAGGUGGCAGAGUGCUUAAAGAGGAUAUAUUGGCUUACUUGGAAAAAAUUUCUGCCGGUUCCGCGGGGAAUAGGGUCGAGGAAAAACCAACAGCCGGGAAGCUGGUGUCGAUAAAAGGCUACAGUAAGCAUAUGUGGAAAACGAUGACGCGAUCUUUGAGCAUACCGCACUUCGUGUACAGCGACGAGUGUACCGUUGACAAAUUAAUGGGUUACCGGGAUGAAGUGAAGGACACGUUGAAGGAACAGGGUGUCGCCUUGAGUUUCAUGCCAUUCUUCAUCAAGGCGACCUCCAGAGCGUUAGAAAAACUGCCACAGCUGAACGCUUGGCUUGACGAAGAGAACCAGGCGACACGUGUCUUGGACAGCCAUAAUAUUGGCGUGGCCAUGGACACGCCGGAUGGUCUGGUGGUACCAAACAUUAAAAACGUACAAAACCUGAGCAUCCUGGAGAUCGCGAAAGAGCUAAAUAGGCUUCAGGAGCUCGGGAAAAAGUCCUCUAUACCCCUGAACGACCUAACCGACGCGACUUUCUCGCUGUCCAACAUCGGCGUGAUCGGCGGUACCUAUACGAAACCGGUGAUUCUUCCUCCGCAAAUUGUGAUCGGGGCGUUUGGAAAAGCGCAGAAAUUGCCGCGAUUCGAUGGUAAAGGAAAUAUAGUUGCCGCGAAUGUGAUUUCCAUCAGUUGGGCGGCCGAUCAUCGUGUGGUGGACGGCGUUACCAUGGCAAAGUAUUCGAAUCUCUGGAAGUACUACGUUGAAAAUCCAGCAUUCCUGUUGAUAGGGGCGUGAACCCCCAUCGAUACCAUUAAAAGGAUAUUUCACAGGUAUUUUUUUUUUCAUUUCGAAUACGACUACCAUUUUUAUAUUUUUUACAAUUCCGUCGAGACGUACUUCGAAGCUCGAAUGGGUUCGUGUCGUUGGGGUGUGGGGGUUGUACAUAAAUACAAUAAAAG